AUGCGCGCAGACUCUCGGCGGUGGAGUCUCCGCCCCACUGUGCCGGCGCUGGCGGGGACGCAGGCGCGGGGCAAAGGCACGCUCCUGGCCACUUCUGGGCCGGUUCUUCCCAGAUUCAGCCACAAUAUGGCAAGUCUUUUUAUAAGGAAAAUGGUGGUUUCUGCUGUGAACCCUCUCCUUCAUCUGAGUCGUUACACAAUGACAAAUUACACAACGACAUCCAGAGCGCUCUCCACGCUGCUGGCUGGUCCCCUGCGUGUUGCAGUCCCUGCAGGUGCAAAGCCCAGCGCAGCUGUGGCCUCUCCUCUCUCCUGCCACCCUCUGCCCUUCCUGCAGCCGACCCUGGGGUUCAAGACCAAGGCCGUCCUCAAGAAGCGUUGCAAGGACUGUUACCUGGUGAAGAGGCGAGGGCGAUGGUACAUCUACUGCAAAACACACCCAAGGCAUAAGCAGAGACAGUUGAAGACCCUUUGA